AUGCAGCAUUGUUACAACUUGUUCUGCAAACGUGGACACCGGCAGAGUGGACACCAUGGAGGAAUUACUGAAUAUCAUCCGGAGAACACAGCUGCAGCUCUGGUUGUGGAGAAGACCGCUGAGGAGAAGACCUUCAAGGGGGAUUUCAAAGAGUUUUAUGGGUCCGUGCGGAGAGGAGAUUGCUGGCUGGACCUUGAGGGUGUCAAACUAUUUUUACUGCCUCACUCUUCUUCUUUCUUCAGCCCAAUCAGAGUGUUAGGAAGCAGUAAAAUGUGCCCCCAAUCACCUCUCACUUGCUAUUACUCCUCGGAGGAGAUGAGCCGACAGGUUAGAGCCAACAAUGGACUGUUAUGUCAUUGGCCUUUAGUGGUCCAUACAAAGAGGUCUGUACAGAGCCCAGCACAUCUACAGCACAUCCACGGCACAGCCACGGCACACAGCCACGGCAUAUCCACGGCACAUCCACGGCACAGCCACGGCACAGCCACGGCACAGCCACGGCACAGCCACGGCAUAGCCACGGCACACAGCCACGGCAUAUCCACGGCACAGCCACGGCACACAGCGACGGCACAGCCACGCCCAGAGCAUUAUAACGCCUUCAAUGGUGACCUCCACUUAAGUGGUGCCCCUCACACCGAGCACCAGUGCCUGUGUCUCAGAGGCUGUGCCAUGAAGCGAGCAGAGCCAGCAAGUCGCGAACUGGGGACAACAAAGGCUCCAGAGAGAGCAACAGCCUGCCACAGCUCCGAGCAUGACAAAUGCCUCAGCCACUGUCACUGCUGCGGCCCCUGUUGCCUCAGCUUUUCUAGCAGGCGUGGGGCGGCGAGGGGCAGCGUGGGGAGGCUGGAGAGGGGGGGUCUGCCUGCAUUCAGGCCCAAGGAGCACAGCAGAAGGACGGUUAAUGGAAUGGAUGACUCUGCCACAUUCAAAGAGUGA